AUGAGUGAUAACCCGACGCGCCAAAAUCCUCCCAGCCGAACAGGCAGAGAGCUGGAACGUCCCCGAUGGACAGUGACACGUCGCGAAGAGACACGACACUCACCGUCCAGAUCGACUUCUCCGUUUCAGUCGAGAAGCGUGACGACCACUGAGCGAGUUCAUAUCGUGCAAUUGCCGGUCAGCGAAAACUCUCAAGUGUCCCCAGCACAUAUUCUUGCCUUGUCACCCCAUGGCAAUACUUCACAGUCUGUUUCGUCAAUCGUUACAACUAACCAGGCAGAAGGUGUACCCCUGAUCGGAGCCCUGACCGCAUCUGGAGUCCCUUUGUUCAAUGGUAUUUUGUUUAAUCGUGACUCGAAACAAACAACUACAAUCAUUACGACCACCACAACGACCUAUAAAAUUUUGGAGGUCAGUGAUAGUGAUUCACUAUCAGACGAUUACGAGCUUGUCGACGACAAUACUUUAACAGUUGACAUUGACCUCACUGAAAGAGCAACAUCGCCAAGCUAUGUAAUUGUCUCAAAAAGCGAAAGCCAUGCACCGAUGUCGCCGGUAACCAAGGCCAAGCUUAACAUUGAGCUUGAAAUUCCACCUAAAACAUAUCAAACAGAAAGAAUUGAACAUGAAGUACUAGAAUCGACUAGAGACUUUACUAGUGAAAUGACAGAAUCACAGUACACAGCCGACGAUGAAAGACAACCAUCUACACCAGGAUCAGAUGAAUUUGAAAAGUUUGAUAUGGACUAUCCCAUUCAUCAAGCUUAUGACGACCAAACUGUAACAACGACUUCGAAGACUACAAACAUUGAAGAAAUUCCACUGAAUCAACACGUCGACUUGUACCAUAAUCAAUUUUUUUAUGAUCAAAUUCCUGGACCAUCUACACCAAAGCCAACAUCAAAAAAUACGAAAAAAGAAAAACACAUCAAGAAAUUUCCAUCUCAUCUUGAUUAUCCAGUGUCUGAAUCUUAUGAUGGACCACUUGAUUCAACUUCACGAGCAUCCAACAUUCAUGAUAUUCCACUCACAACGGAAGUGCAUUCAUAUCCAACUGAAUUCAGCUAUGAGAAACUGCCAGAGCAUGUCAUUCCAGUUGUGAUCGAGGAGUCAGAGAAGAAGGACGAGCCAUCACUGAAAUCUAAGAUCACUGGAUUGUUCAAGAAAUCACCAUCUCAUCUUGAUUAUCCAGUGUCUGAAUCUUAUGAUGGACCACUUGAUUCAACUUCACGAGCAUCCAACAUUCAUGAUAUUCCACUCACAACGGAAGUGCAUUCAUAUCCAACUGAAUUCAGCUAUGAGAAGCUGCCAGAGCAUGUCAUUCCAGUUGUGAUCGAGGAGACAGAGAAGAAGGACGAGCCAUCACUGAAAUCUAAGAUCACUGGAUUGUUCAAGAAAUCACCAUCUCAUCUUGAUUAUCCAGUGUCUGAAUCUUAUGAUGGACCAUUGGAAUCUACUUCACGAGCAUCGAACAUUCAUGAUAUUCCACUCACAACGGAAGUGCAUUCAUAUCCAACUGAAUUCAGCUAUGAGAAGCAGCCUGAGCAUGUCAUUCCAGUUGUGAUGGAGGAGACAGAGAAGAAGGACGAGAAAUCACCAUCUCAUCUUGAUUAUCCAGUGUCUGAAUCUUAUGAUGGACCAUUGGAAUCUACUUCACGAGCAUCCAACAUUCAUGAUAUUCCACUCACAACGGAAGUGCAUUCAUAUCCAACUGAAUUCAGCUAUGAGAAACUGCCAGAGCAUGUCAUUCCAGUUGUGAUCGAGGAAUCGGAGAAGAAGGACGAGCCAUCACUGAAAUCUAAGAUCACUGGAUUGUUCAAGAAAUCUCCAUCUCAUCUUGAUUAUCCAGUGUCUGAAUCUUAUGAUGGACCAUUGGAAUCUACUUCACGAGCAUCCAACAUUCAUGAUAUUCCACUCACAACGGAAGUGCAUUCAUAUCCAACUGAAUUCAGCUAUGAGAAACUGCCAGAGCAUGUCAUUCCAGUUGUGAUCGAGGAAUCGGAGAAGAAGGACGAGCCAUCACUGAAAUCUAAGAUCACUGGAUUGUUCAAGAAAUCACCAUCUCAUCUUGAUUAUCCAGUGUCUGAAUCUUAUGAUGGACCAUUGGAAUCUACUUCACGAGCAUCGAACAUUCAUGAUAUUCCACUCACAACGGAAGUGCAUUCAUAUCCAACUGAAUUCAGCUAUGAGAAGCAGCCUGAGCAUGUCAUUCCAGUUGUGAUCGAGGAGACAGAGAAGAAGGACGAGCCAUCACUGAAAUCUAAGAUCACUGGAUUGUUCAAGAAAUCACCAUCUCAUCUUGAUUAUCCAGUGUCUGAAUCUUAUGAUGGACCAUUGGAAUCUACUUCACGAGCAUCGAACAUUCAUGAUAUUCCACUCACAACGGAAGUGCAUUCAUAUCCAACUGAAUUCAGCUAUGAGAAGCUGCCAGAGCAUGUCAUUCCAGUUGUGAUCGAGGAAUCGGAGAAGAAGGACGAGCCAUCACUGAAAUCUAAGAUCACUGGAUUGUUCAAGAAAUCUCCAUCUCAUCUUGAUUAUCCAGUGUCUGAAUCUUAUGAUGGACCAUUGGAAUCUACUUCACGAGCAUCGAACAUUCAUGAUAUUCCACUCACAACGGAAGUGCAUUCAUAUCCAACUGAAUUCAGCUAUGAGAAACUGCCAGAGCAUGUCAUUCCAGUUGUGAUCGAGGAAUCGGAGAAGAAGGACGAGCCAUCACUGAAAUCUAAGAUCACUGGAUUGUUCAAGAAAUCACCAUCUCAUCUUGAUUAUCCAGUGUCUGAAUCUUAUGAUGGACCACUUGAUUCAACUUCACGAGCAUCCAACAUUCAUGAUAUUCCACUCACAACGGAAGUGCAUUCAUAUCCAACUGAAUUCAGCUAUGAGAAGCUGCCAGAGCAUGUCAUUCCAGUUGUGAUCGAGGAAUCGGAGAAGAAGGACGAGCCAUCACUGAAAUCUAAGAUCACUGGAUUGUUCAAGAAAUCACCAUCUCAUCUUGAUUAUCCAGUGUCUGAAUCUUAUGAUGGACCAUUGGAAACUACUUCACGAGCAUCGAACAUUCAUGAUAUUCCACUCACAACGGAAGUGCAUUCAUAUCCAACUGAAUUCAGCUAUGAGAAACUGCCAGAGCAUGUCAUUCCAGUUGUGAUCGAGGAAUCGGAGAAGAAGGACGAGCCAUCACUGAAAUCUAAGAUCACUGGAUUGUUCAAGAAAUCACCAUCUCAUCUUGAUUAUCCAGUGUCUGAAUCUUAUGAUGGACCAUUGGAAACUACUUCACGAGCAUCGAACAUUCAUGAUAUUCCACUCACAACGGAAGUGCAUUCAUAUCCAACUGAAUUCAGCUAUGAGAAGCAGCCUGAGCAUGUCAUUCCAGUUGUGAUCGAGGAGACAGAGAAGAAGGACGAGCCAUCACUGAAAUCUAAGAUCACUGGAUUGUUCAAGAAAUCACCAUCUCAUCUUGAUUAUCCAGUGUCUGAAUCUUAUGAUGGACCACUUGAUUCAACUUCACGAGCAUCCAACAUUCAUGAUAUUCCAUUCACAACGGAAGUGCAUUCAUAUCCAACUGAAUUCAGCUAUGAGAAGCUGCCAGAGCAUGUCAUUCCAGUUGUGAUCGAGGAAUCGGAGAAGAAGGACGAGCCAUCACUGAAAUCUAAGAUCACUGGAUUGUUCAAGAAAUCACCAUCUCAUCUUGAUUAUCCAGUGUCUGAAUCUUACGAUGGACCAUUGGAAUCUACUUCACGAGCAUCCAACAUUCAUGAUAUUCCACUCACAACGGAAGUGCAUUCAUAUCCAACUGAAUUCAGCUAUGAGAAACUGCCAGAGCAUGUCAUUCCAGUUGUGAUCGAGGAAUCGGAGAAGAAGGACGAGCCAUCACUGAAAUCUAAGAUCACUGGAUUGUUCAAGAAAUCACCAUCUCAUCUUGAUUAUCCAGUGUCUGAAUCUUAUGAUGGACCAUUGGAAUCUACUUCACGAGCAUCGAACAUUCAUGAUAUUCCACUCACAACGGAAGUGCAUUCAUAUCCAACUGAAUUCAGCUAUGAGAAGCUGCCAGAGCAUGUCAUUCCAGUUGUGAUCGAGGAGACAGAGAAGAAGGACGAGCCAUCACUGAAAUCUAAGAUCACUGGAUUGUUCAAGAAAUCACCAUCUCAUCUUGAUUAUCCAGUGUCUGAAUCUUAUGAUGGACCAUUGGAAUCUACUUCACGAGCAUCGAACAUUCAUGAUAUUCCACUCACAACGGAAGUGCAUUCAUAUCCAACUGAAUUCAGCUAUGAGAAGCAGCCUGAGCAUGUCAUUCCAGUUGUGAUGGAGGAGACAGAGAAGAAGGACGAGCCAUCACUGAAAUCUAAGAUCACUGGAUUGUUCAAGAAAUCACCAUCUCAUCUUGAUUAUCCAGUGUCUGAAUCUUAUGAUGGACCAUUGGAAUCUACUUCACGAGCAUCGAACAUUCAUGAUAUUCCACUCACAACGGAAGUGCAUUCAUAUCCAACUGAAUUCAGCUAUGAGAAGCUGCCAGAGCAUGUCAUUCCAGUUGUGAUCGAGGAGACAGAGAAGAAGGACGAGCCAUCACUGAAAUCUAAGAUCACUGGAUUGUUCAAGAAAUCACCAUCUCAUCUUGAUUAUCCAGUGUCUGAAUCUUAUGAUGGACCAUUGGAAUCUACUUCACGAGCAUCGAACAUUCAUGAUAUUCCACUCACAACGGAAGUGCAUUCAUAUCCAACUGAAUUCAGCUAUGAGAAGCUGCCAGAGCAUGUCAUUCCAGUUGUGAUCGAGGAAUCGGAGAAGAAGGACGAGCCAUCACUGAAAUCUAAGAUCACUGGAUUGUUCAAGAAAUCACCAUCUCAUCUUGAUUAUCCAGUGUCUGAAUCUUAUGAUGGACCAUUGGAAUCUACUUCACGAGCAUCGAACAUUCAUGAUAUUCCACUCACAACGGAAGUGCAUUCAUAUCCAACUGAAUUCAGCUAUGAGAAGCUGCCAGAGCAUGUCAUUCCAGUUGUGAUCGAGGAGUCAGAGAAGAAGGACGAGCCAUCACUGAAAUUUAAGAUCACUGGAUUGUUCAAGAAAUCUCCAUCUCAUCUUGAUUAUCCAGUGUCUGAAUCUUAUGAUGGACCACUUGAUUCAACUUCACGAGCAUCGAACAUUCAUGAUAUUCCACUCACAACGGAAGUGCAUUCAUAUCCAACUGAAUUCAGCUAUGAGAAGCAGCCUGAGCAUGUCAUUCCAGUUGUGAUCGAGGAGACAGAGAAGAAGGACGAGCCAUCACUGAAAUCUAAGAUCACUGGAUUGUUCAAGAAAUCACCAUCUCAUCUUGAUUAUCCAGUGUCUGAAUCUUAUGAUGGACCAUUGGAAUCUACUUCACGAGCAUCGAACAUUCAUGAUAUUCCACUCACAACGGAAGUGCAUUCAUAUCCAACUGAAUUCAGCUAUGAGAAGCAGCCUGAGCAUGUCAUUCCAGUUGUGAUCGAGGAGACAGAGAAGAAGGACGAGCCAUCACUGAAAUCUAAGAUCACUGGAUUGUUCAAGAAAUCUCCAUCUCAUCUUGAUUAUCCAGUGUCUGAAUCUUAUGAUGGACCAUUGGAAUCUACUUCACGAGCAUCGAACAUUCAUGAUAUUCCACUCACAACGCUAGUGCAUUCAUAUCCAACUGAAUUCAGCUAUGAGAAGCAGCCUGAGCAUGUCAUUCCAGUUGUGAUCGAGGAGACAGAGAAGAAGGACGAGCCAUCACUGAAAUCUAAGAUCACUGGAUUGUUCAAGAAAUCACCAUCUCAUCUUGAUUAUCCAGUGUCUGAAUCUUAUGAUGGACCAUUGGAAUCUACUUCACGAGCAUCGAACAUUCAUGAUAUUCCACUCACAACGCUAGUGCAUUCAUAUCCAACUGAAUUCAGCUAUGAGAAGCAGCCUGAGCAUGUCAUUCCAGUUGUGAUCGAGGAGACAGAGAAGAAGGACGAGCCAUCACUGAAAUCUAAGAUCACUGGAUUGUUCAAGAAAUCUCCAUCUCAUCUUGAUUAUCCAGUGUCUGAAUCUUAUGAUGGACCAUUGGAAUCUACUUCACGAGCAUCGAACAUUCAUGAUAUUCCACUCACAACGGAAGUGCAUUCAUAUCCAACUGAAUUCAGCUAUGAGAAACUGCCAGAGCAUGUCAUUCCAGUUGUGAUCGAGGAAUCGGAGAAGAAGGACGAGCCAUCACUGAAAUCUAAGAUCACUGGAUUGUUCAAGAAAUCACCAUCUCAUCUUGAUUAUCCAGUGUCUGAAUCUUAUGAUGGACCACUCGACUCUACACAUCGUGCUGAUAACUUGAACGACAUCCCACUCAGCCAUGAAGUCACAUCCUACCCAACUGAAUUCAGCUAUGAGAAGCUGCCAGAGCAUGUCAUCCCAGUUGUGAUUGAAGAGACAGAAAAGAAGGACGAGCCAUCAUUGAAAUCGAAGAUCACUGGAAUGUUCAAGAAAUCUUCUGCUCAUUCUGAUUACCCGAUUUCUGAACAAUACGAUGGACCACUCGACUCUACACAUCGUGCUGAUAACUUGAACGACAUCCCACUCAGCCAUGAAGUCACAUCCUACCCAACUGAAUUCAGCUAUGAGAAGCUGCCAGAGCAUGUCAUCCCAGUUGUGAUUGAAGAGACAGAAAAGAAGGACGAGCCAUCAUUGAAAUCGAAGAUCACUGGAUUGUUCAAGAAAUCUUCUGCUCAUUCUGAUUACCCGAUUUCUGAACAAUACGAUGGACCACUCGACUCUACACAUCGUGCUGAUAACUUGAACGACAUCCCACUCAGCCAUGAAGUCACAUCCUACCCAACUGAAUUCAGCUAUGAGAAGCUGCCAGAGCAUGUCAUCCCAGUUGUGAUUGAAGAAUCGGAGAAGAAGAACGAGCCAUCAUUGAAAUCGAAGAUCACUGGAUUGUUCAAGAAAUCACCAUCACAUCUUGAUUACCCGAUUUCUGAACAAUACGAUGGACCGCUCGACUCUACACAUCGUGCUGAUAACUUGAACGACAUCCCACUCAGCCAUGAAGUCACAUCCUACCCAACUGAAUUCAGCUAUGAGAAGCUGCCAGAGCAUGUCAUCCCAGUUGUGAUUGAAGAGACAGAAAAGAAGGACGAGCCAUCAUUGAAAUCGAAGAUCACUGGAUUGUUCAAGAAAUCACCAUCACAUCUUGAUUACCCGAUUUCUGAACAAUACGAUGGACCGCUCGACUCUACACAUCGUGCUGAUAACUUGAACGACAUCCCACUCAGCCAUGAAGUCACAUCCUACCCAACUGAAUUCAGCUAUGAGAAGCUGCCAGAGCAUGUCAUCCCAGUUGUGAUUGAAGAGACAGAAAAGAAGGACGAGCCAUCAUUGAAAUCGAAGAUUACUGGAUUGUUCAAGAAGUCUUCUGCUCAUUCUGAUUACCCGAUUUCUGAUCAAUACGAUGGACCACUCGACUCUACACAUCGUGCUGAUGAUGUCCAAGAUGUUCCACUCAGCCAUGAAGUCACAUCUUACCCAACUGAAUUCAGCUAUGAGAAGCUGCCAGAGCAUGUCAUCCCAGUUGUGAUUGAAGAGACAGAAAAGAAGGACGAGCCAUCAUUGAAAUCGAAGAUCACUGGAUUGUUCAAGAAAUCUUCUGCUCAUUCUGAUUACCCGAUUUCUGAACAAUACGAUGGACCACUCGACUCUACACAUCGUGCUGAUAACUUGAACGACAUCCCACUCAGCCAUGAAGUCACAUCCUACCCAACUGAAUUCAGCUAUGAGAAGCUGCCAGAGCAUUUCAUCCCAGUUGUGAUUGAAGAAUCGGAGAAGAAGGACGAGCCAUCAUUGAAAUCGAAGAUCACUGGAUUGUUCAAGAAAUCACCAUCACAUCUUGAUUACCCGAUUUCUGAACAAUACGAUGGACCGCUCGACUCUACACAUCGUGCUGAUAACUUGAACGACAUCCCACUCAGCCAUGAAGUCACAUCCUACCCAACUGAAUUCAGCUAUGAGAAGCUGCCAGAGCAUGUCAUCCCAGUUGUGAUUGAAGAGACAGAAAAGAAGGACGAGCCAUCAUUGAAAUCGAAGAUCACUGGAAUGUUCAAGAAAUCUUCUGCUCAUUCUGAUUACCCGAUUUCUGAACAAUACGAUGGACCACUCGACUCUACACAUCGUGCUGAUAACUUGAACGACAUCCCACUCAGCCAUGAAGUCACAUCCUACCCAACUGAAUUCAGCUAUGAGAAGCUGCCAGAGCAUGUCAUCCCAGUUGUGAUUGAAGAGACAGAAAAGAAGGACGAGCCAUCAUUGAAAUCGAAGAUCACUGGAUUGUUCAAGAAAUCUUCUGCUCAUUCUGAUUACCCGAUUUCUGAACAAUACGAUGGACCACUCGACUCUACACAUCGUGCUGAUAACUUGAACGACAUCCCACUCAGCCAUGAAGUCACAUCCUACCCAACUGAAUUCAGCUAUGAGAAGCUGCCAGAGCAUUUCAUCCCAGUUGUGAUUGAAGAAUCGGAGAAGAAGGACGAGCCAUUAUUGAAAUCGAAGAUCACUGGAUUGUUCAAGAAAUCUUCUGCUCAUUCUGAUUACCCGAUUUCUGAACAAUACGAUGGACCACUCGACUCUACACAUCGUGCUGAUAACCUGAACGACAUCCCACUCAGCCAUGAAGUCACAUCCUACCCAACUGAAUUCAGCUAUGAGAAGCUGCCAGAGCAUGUCAUCCCAGUUGUGAUUGAAGAGACAGAAAAGAAGGACGAGCCAUCAUUGAAAUCGAAGAUCACUGGAAUGUUCAAGAAAUCUUCUGCUCAUUCUGAUUACCCGAUUUCUGAACAAUACGAUGGACCACUCGACUCUACACAUCGUGCUGAUAACUUGAACGACAUCCCACUCAGCCAUGAAGUCACAUCCUACCCAACUGAAUUCAGCUAUGAGAAGCUGCCAGAGCAUUUCAUCCCAGUUGUGAUUGAAGAAUCGGAGAAGAAGGACGAGCCAUCAUUGAAAUCGAAGAUCACUGGAUUGUUCAAGAAAUCUUCUGCUCAUUCUGAUUACCCGAUUUCUGAACAAUACGAUGGACCACUCGACUCUACACAUCGUGCUGAUAACUUGAACGACAUCCCACUCAGCCAUGAAGUCACAUCCUACCCAACUGAAUUCAGCUAUGAGAAGCUGCCAGAGCAUGUCAUCCCAGUUGUGAUUGAAGAGACAGAAAAGAAGGACGAGCCAUCAUUGAAAUCGAAGAUCACUGGAUUGUUCAAGAAAUCUUCUGCUCAUUCUGAUUACCCGAUUUCUGAACAAUACGAUGGACCACUCGACUCUACACAUCGUGCUGAUAACUUGAACGACAUCCCACUCAGCCAUGAAGUCACAUCCUACCCAACUGAAUUCAGCUAUGAGAAGCUGCCAGAGCAUGUCAUCCCAGUUGUGAUUGAAGAGACAGAAAAGAAGGACGAGCCAUCAUUGAAAUCGAAGAUUACUGGAUUGUUCAAGAAGUCUUCUGCUCAUUCUGAUUACCCGAUUUCUGAUCAAUACGAUGGACCACUCGACUCUACACAUCGUGCUGAUGAUGUCCAAGAUGUUCCACUCAGCCAUGAAGUCACAUCUUACCCAACUGAAUUCAGCUAUGAGAAGCUGCCAGAGCAUGUCAUCCCAGUUGUGAUUGAAGAGACAGAAAAGAAGGACGAGCCAUCAUUGAAAUCGAAGAUCACUGGAUUGUUCAAGAAAUCUUCUGCUCAUUCUGAUUACCCGAUUUCUGAACAAUACGAUGGACCACUCGACUCUACACAUCGUGCUGAUAACUUGAACGACAUCCCACUCAGCCAUGAAGUCACAUCCUACCCAACUGAAUUCAGCUAUGAGAAGCUGCCAGAGCAUUUCAUCCCAGUUGUGAUUGAAGAGACAGAAAAGAAGGACGAGCCAUCAUUGAAAUCGAAGAUCACUGGAUUGUUCAAGAAAUCUUCUGCUCAUUCUGACUACCCGAUUUCUGAACAAUACGAUGGACCACUCGACUCUACACAUCGUGCUGAUAACUUGAACGACAUCCCACUCAGCCAUGAAGUCACAUCCUACCCAACUGAAUUCAGCUAUGAGAAGCUGCCAGAGCAUGUCAUCCCAGUUGUGAUUGAAGAGACAGAAAAGAAGGACGAGCCAUCAUUGAAAUCGAAGAUCACUGGAAUGUUCAAGAAAUCUUCUGCUCAUUCUGAUUACCCGAUUUCUGAACAAUACGAUGGACCACUCGUCUCUACACAUCGUGCUGAUAACUUGAACGACAUCCCACUCAGCCAUGAAGUCACAUCCUACCCAACUGAAUUCAGCUAUGAGAAGCUGCCAGAGCAUGUCAUCCCAGUUGUGAUUGAAGAGACCGAAAAGAAGGACGAGCCCUCCUUGAAAUCGAAGAUCACUGGAUUGUUCAAGAAAUCUUCUGCUCAUUCUGAUUACCCGAUUUCUGAACAAUACGAUGGACCACUCGACUCUACACAUCGUGCUGAUAACUUGAACGACAUCCCACUCAGCCAUGAAGUCACAUCCUACCCAACUGAAUUCAGCUAUGAGAAGCUGCCAGAGCAUUUCAUCCCAGUUGUGAUUGAAGAAUCGGAGAAGAAGGACGAGCCACCAUUGAAAUCGAAGAUCACUGGAUUGUUCAAGAAAUCUUCUGCUCAUUCUGAUUACCCGAUUUCUGAACAAUACGAUGGACCACUCGACUCUACACAUCGUGCUGAUAACUUGAACGACAUCCCACUCAGCCAUGAAGUCACAUCCUACCCAACUGAAUUCAGCUAUGAGAAGCUGCCAGAGCAUGUCAUCCCAGUUGUGAUUGAAGAGACAGAAAAGAAGGACGAGCCAUCAUUGAAAUCGAAGAUCACUGGAUUGUUCAAGAAAUCUUCUGCUCAUUCUGAUUACCCGAUUUCUGAACAAUACGAUGGACCACUCGACUCUACACAUCGUGCUGAUAACCUGAACGACAUCCCAUUCAGCCAUGAAGUCACAUCUUACCCAACUGAAUUCAGCUAUGAGAAGCUGCCAGAGCAUGUCAUCCCAGUUGUGAUUGAAGAGACAGAAAAGAAGGACGAGCCAUCAUUGAAAUCGAAGAUCACUGGAUUGUUCAAGAAAUCACCAUCACAUCUUGAUUAUCCAAUUUCUGAGCAAUACGAUGGACCACUCGACUCUACACAUCGUUCUGAUAACCUGAACGACAUCCCACUCAGCCAUGAAGUCACAUCCUACCCAACUGAAUUCAGCUAUGAGAAGCUGCCAGAGUAUGUCAUCCCAGUUGUGAUUGAAGAAUCGGAGAAGAAGGACGAGCCAUCAUUGAAAUUGAAGAUUACUGGAUUGUUCAAGAAGUCUUCUGCUCAUUCUGAUUACCCGAUUUCUGAUCAAUACGAUGGACCACUCGACACUACACAUCGUGCUGAUGAUGUUCAAGAUGUUCCACUCAGCCAUGAAGUCACAUCUUACCCAACUGAAUUCAGCUAUGAGAAGCUGCCAGAGUAUGUCAUCCCAGUUGUGAUUGAAGAAUCGGAGAAGAAGGACGAGCCAUCAUUGAAAUUGAAGAUUACUGGAUUGUUCAAGAAGUCUUCUGCUCAUUCUGAUUACCCGAUUUCUGAUCAAUACGAUGGACCACUCGACACUACACAUCGUGCUGAUGAUGUUCAAGAUGUUCCCCUCAGCCAUGAAGUCACAUCCUACCCAACUGAAUUCAGCCGUGCCAAACUGCAAGAUGUUGCUCAAACUAUUGAAAAAGACACCGGAGACCAAUAUUCUAACGUUGCUCUCGGAAAAAGGUCUGAUUCAAAUUCAUCAAUCGAGAAGUUGUCAAGUGGUGUGUCACUUCUUAUGUUCAAAGAUACUGCCGCAUUAAGAGGAUCGGGUAACAGUGAGAUGUUCAAAGCCGUUCCAGCUGUUUCAGAAGUUUCUGAGUCUAAUCUGAGUCGUCACAUUUAUACUCGACGAGAAACUGAAAUCAUGGAUCCUGCACACUCUGCCUGCUCUGUUUUCAGUCAUACAGAAAUCCGUCAUCAAGGCAACAACUCUGACGAUCAUGUUAUUGAUAUUGAAACUAGUGAUGGAUAUCAACCGAUUCCAGAAAACAUUCACCAACGGGGUUCAGAUGGAACCAGUAAACCAAGUUACAUGUGGUCCAAAUACGAAACUGAGAAAUCACGAUUAUCGAGACGCGAACCUACUUUGCCAUCUGAAAACAUUUUGAAUGCAUCAGAUUUGCCUGAACAUCAUCUUUAUUCUUAUUCGGAAACUGAUACAAUUCAUCGAUCAUCACUAGCAAACAAAUCUUCACCUGCUUCUAUUGACAAACAUCCAGACUUUGAUAUCUCCUUCAACAUCAUUCCACAAGAAAGGCCUAAAGAAGAUCUUGGUUUUUCUGUUUCAAUCAGCGCGAGAAGUCCGUUGCCACCGCUAACAAUUGAUGAAUCGCCUCAACUCCUGUCAGUUGAGAAUCUGAUUCAUUCGCACUCAUCACCACGGCAACGCAGACUAUCGCCACACACAUGGACAACUGUUCGGGAGACAUCGGAAGUCAGUUACAUCAAGAGAGUAACUGUUACUAGUUCAACUGAUUAUGGAAAGAACCAAGCAACAUUGAGAAGAGAUAGAUCACCUAUUCAAGCAGUUGCUAGGCACGUUCAUUCCUUCCCAAGUACUUCACAUCAAUCUGCAAGUACAACAUGUAGAUGGACAACAUUUGAUGAUCCAGCACUUCAAGUUCAUCAUCCCAUCUAUCCACCUUCGCAAAGCCUUUAUAAAUCAACACCCAAAACUGAAAGAGCUUCUUAUCUUACUAAUGGAGAAAGCUCGACUCAAACUCAACGCAAUGGAGCUGCAAAUUGUCACAAUGGCAAUGGAGCAACUCGAAGUUACGGAAAAGUUCGUGAGAUUCAUGCUCACGAUCGCACAGAAGUUUUACGAGACACUGAAGUACGACAUCAUCGUCGUGAAGACGUUUUCACUGUAGGCACACCGUUUGUCAUGGGACGGGUUGAAGCCGAUGAAAGAGGAAAUGAAUAUCUCAGAUAUAAUCGCCAUGAAGAACUACCAAUGAUUGAAGACGGCGCCAUGGAAUGCCGUCGAUCAACCGUUCGCGCCAGACUCAGGGAAAUGGACGAAGUUCGGUUGGUUGGCGAGCGGGAGGAAAUUGAGCGUCAGCGACGACCAAUUCGCCGAGCAAGACAACGCGUUCGAAACAUUUGCACCAUGCUUUAAACAUUUCACGAACUAUUUAAAAAAUCGACACGAACUGGAUUGCACAUAAUAUCAUUUUCAUUUUCUCUACACACAUUAUUUCUCAUAUACCAUAAUAUUGUCUUUCGCUCGGUUAUUUUUCCUUUUCAAAUUUUCGCAGAAUAAACUAAUUAAAAAAAA